GGGGCAUAAUCUUUGUGGAGGCUCCAGUGACUGAAGAUUAAUAAUCACUCUGUUGUAGGCAGAGGAAUGGAGACGGACGGCUGCAGGAAAGGGGGAAAAAAAGAGUGUGAGAGACUUUUAUUCUGAAGCCGGCUGUGCUUGGCAGUUGGCUUUUGUUGGGACUGCUGUGAAAGCAGACAUUUCUCUGCUAGGAGGGUGGGUAUAAGAUUUCUCUGCCAAUCAGGAGCCGACAGAUUGGGGCAUGGUGGAGUGUGAGCAAAAAGGGAAGUUUGCUUUGAAUUUAAGGGGAAAAAAAUGGAGCAAACAGUGCAGAGUAAGGGAGAAAGUAGGAAAGACAUCUGCAUGAAGACUGAGCUGCUGAAAGAUAUCACCAACAAUAAAGAAGAAGCUGGUCUCAAGACAGCAGUCUCUGGAAUCAGGUGGGUUAAAAAAAUCGUAGAUGAUCAGAAGAGAAUGAUACUUUGGAGUCUGACACCUCUUGACUGACUUGGACUAACAGCAUACAGUGUGACAUAGGGAAGCUGAGAAUCCCAGCUGUGCAAUGGUAUAAAGCAUUCAUUUCCAGUCUCAGUGCUUCACAAGGGUUUAAUGCCAUGGCUGCAGAUGAAAGUGCCACAGAAAAGCAAGUAGGGGAACCAAAAAUGGCAGUAGAUGGUGAAACGAAUGGCUCCUGUGAGCGCAACGAAGCUGGUAGCCACCCAAAUCCAGCUAAAAACACUCAGGACAAUACAAAAGUGAGCCAGCAGGACUCCAGUACUAAGUUAAAUAGGAUAGCAGAGAAUGGCAUUUCUGAGAGAGACGGUGAGACUGGGAAACAAAACCACAUGAAACCUAAUGACUUCACACAGACUUCUGUAACUGGGAGUAAUGGAUAUAUUUUAACUAAGCAGAUGGCACAGGAGCAGCCACUAAGGACUACCAGCACCUUUGCUUCUCUCACGGGCCAUGCUGCGAAAACCCUCCCAGGAGGGGCAAGCAAAGGGAGAACUGUGGGCACCUUUUCUCAGAUGCAAGCCACAAUGCCAGCCAAGCUCGGGGAGGGAAGUAAGGAUGUGGAUGCUAAGAAAGCCACCCCUGCUAAUGCGGAAAUCAAGGUCCACAGAGCACGGAAGACCAUGCCUAAACCCACCCCUAGCCUGCAUGCAAAUAGAGAUCCCAAAGAAGGGAGAGAUGCCAGAGAUCAAAAAGAAUCAAAGGAAGAAGGCAACAAAAGUGUCUUGGAGUUUGGGAAGCCAGCGCCGUUGCCCCCUCUCCCAGGCCUUCAUCAGUUGCUACCUCAGAACCAGAGCUAUAUGGCCACCACAAAAUCACAGACGGCUGCUGCAGUAUCUCGGAAGAAGAAACGAAGGAUGGGAACCUAUAGCCUGGUUCCCAAGAAAAAGACCAAAGUGUUAAAACAGAGAACGGUGAUUGAGAUGUUUAAGAGCAUAACUCAUUCCUCUGCAGGUGCUAAGAGUGAAAAGGACCUAAGUGAUGGCAGCCCGCAUGUGAAUGGGGAGAGCAUUGAGGUAGACUCUGAAGAGGAAGACUCUGAUGAACUGGAAGAAGAUGAUGAACAUGGAGUUGAACAGCCAGCUGCGUUUCCCACAGAGGAUAACAGGAUUUCUAAAGAAGGUGCAUCAGAUGCCGACAAUUCCAGAAAGAUGGAAGAUGGUGAGUCUGAGGAGGAUCAAGAGUCUGGAGAAUCUGGGGAGGAGGAGGAAGAUGGAGAUGAGUCUGACUUGAGCUCUGAGUCCAGUCUCAAGAAGAAGCUGCUAAAGAGGAAAGGAAAGACGGACAGUCCAUGGCUGAAACCCACCCGGAAAAGGAGGAGGAGGAAUAAAAAGAAACAAGCCAGUGCUUUAGGUGCUGAAGCGUAUAAACCACCUUUGGGAGGCAGAGAGGGAGCUGGGCAGGAGAAUAGUAUGGAAUACAUGGAAGUGUCUCUUGAUUCUUUGGAUCUCCGAGUAAAGGGAAUUCUAUCUUCACAAUCGGAAGGUCUUUCUAAUGGCCCUGAAGCAAUGGAAGUAGAUGGUCUUCAGGAAGUGCCUCUCUGUAGCUGUCGAAUGGAAACACCCAAAAGCCGAGAGAUUACCACACUAGCCAACAAUCAAUGCAUGGCAACUGAAAGUGUGGACAAUGAGCUGGGCCGAUGCACAAACAGCGUGGUGAAAUAUGAGCUGAUGCGUCCGUCCAACAAAGUCCAGCUCUUGGUGCUGUGUGAGGACCACAGAGGGAGAAUGGUGAAACACCAGUGCUGCCCUGGCUGUGGAUAUUUCUGCACUGCAGGCACUUUCAUGGAAUGUCAGCCUGAAAGCAGCAUCUCCCACCGUUUCCAUAAGAACUGUGCCUCCCAGGUCAACGACAUGAGCUAUUGCCCACACUGUGGGGAAGAUGCCUCAAAGGCAAAGGAGGUGACGAUAGCUAAAGCAGACACAACCUCCACAGUAUCUCUGACCUAUGAGCAGCAAAAACCAGCAGCUCUGGAGGGAAGGGCAGACACUACAACGGGAAGUGGCACCGGAAUGCGGUUGUCAGAGGAAGACAAGCCGGAGAGUUCAGCUGCUGAGGGGUUUGACAUGGCUGGGUCUUCUGUUUUUGUGAAGCCUGCCACUGGCCUGACCCAGGGACCAGUUAAAGAAACCUUGGAAAGCGCCUUGAUUGCCCUGGAUUCAGAAAAACCCAAGAAGUUACGAUUCCACCCAAAGCAGCUGUACUUCUCUGCCAGGCAAGGGGAGCUCCAAAAGGUCCUGCUUAUGUUAGUGGAUGGAAUUGACCCCAACUUUAAGAUGGAGCAUCAGAAUAAAAGAACCCCUCUCCAUGCAGCCGCAGAGUCUGGACACGUAGACAUCUGCCACAUGCUGAUUCAGGCUGGUGCUAACAUAGACACCUGCUCAGAAGAUCAGAGGACCCCACUGAUGGAAGCAGCAGAAAAUAACCAUCUGGAGACUGUGAAAUACCUUAUCAAGGCUGGAGCACUGGUAGAUCCUAAGGAUGCAGAAGGGUCCACGUGUCUGCACUUGGCUGCCAAGAAAGGGCAUUAUGAUGUCGUUCAGUACCUUCUCUCCAACGGGCAAAUGGAUGUCAACUGCCAGGAUGAUGGAGGCUGGACGCCAAUGAUUUGGGCCACCGAAUACAAGCACAUUGAGCUGGUGAAGCUGUUAUUAGCCAAGGGGUCGGACAUUAACAUUCGAGACAACGAGGAGAAUAUUUGUUUGCACUGGGCAGCUUUCUCCGGCUGUGUUGACAUAGCAGAAAUACUGCUGGCUGCUAAGUGUGAUUUACAUGCAGUAAACAUUCAUGGAGACUCACCACUGCACAUUGCAGCCAGGGAGAACCGUUAUGAGUGCGUUGUCCUCUUUCUGUCCCGUGGCUCAGAUGUCACCCUGAAGAACAAGGAGGGUGAAACUCCACUCCAGUGUUCAAGUCUCAACUCUCAGGUGUGGGUGGCUCUACAGAUGAACAAGACCCUCAAAGAUUCAUCUUCUGACAAACCUGCCCAGAUAGAGAAAGUAGUGAGCAGAGACAUUGCCCGGGGUUACGAGCGGAUUCCUAUUCCAUGUGUCAAUUCAGUGGACAAUGAGCCUUGUCCCAGCAACUACAAAUACGUUUCCCAGAACUGCGUGACCUCUCCAAUGAACAUUGAUAGAAACAUCACCCAUUUGCAGUACUGUGUGUGCAUAGAUGACUGCUCCUCCAGUAACUGCAUGUGUGGUCAACUCAGUAUGCGCUGCUGGUAUGAUAAGGAUGGCCGACUCCUACCCGAAUUCAACAUGGCUGAGCCACCUCUGAUCUUUGAGUGUAAUCAUGCUUGCUCGUGUUGGCGAACCUGCCGGAAUCGGGUGGUGCAGAAUGGGCUCAGGACUCGAUUACAGCUUUAUCGGACACAAAAGAUGGGCUGGGGUGUGCGGACAAUGCAAGACAUUCCAUUGGGAACUUUCGUGUGCGAGUAUGUUGGAGAGCUGAUUUCCGAUUCAGAGGCAGACGUACGUGAAGAGGACUCCUACCUCUUUGACCUUGACAAUAAGGAUGGAGAAGUGUACUGCAUAGAUGCUCGUUUCUAUGGCAACAUCAGCCGCUUUAUAAACCAUCUCUGUGAGCCAAACCUCAUCCCUGUGCGAGUGUUCAUGUCGCAUCAGGAUCUCCGCUUUCCCAGGAUUGCCUUCUUCAGCACCAGGCAUAUAGAAGCUGGAGAAGAAAUUGGCUGGGGCAGCAUUCCUGUCCUGCUGUUCCUUCUGGCUCUGAUGGCUUCUACAUCUUGCAAUGAUGCAAGAGAGGGACAGGGACUGGCGUUUCCUGAGCUUCCCUCAUCUCUUUGGCAGCAUCUUCAUAACAGUGGAAGAGAAGGAGUGAAACCACAAUCUUUGACUACGGAGACCGGUUCUGGGACAUCAAAGGCAAAUACUUCAGCUGCCAGUGCGGUUCACCCAAGUGCAAACACUCGAGUGCAGCGCUGGCCCAGCGACAAGCUAGCACAUCCUCCCAGGACGCACAGGAAAAUGGGCUCCCUGACACCAGCUCUGCCACAGCAGCCGGCCCCUUUUGAGGCUCUGCUCCCCAGAGACUGACUUGUUUUAACCCUAUAGAUUCACAUACUGUUUGAAUUCCCAUUUAAAGAGAGAACUCCUUCGAGGAAAGCUAAGGGUUUGUGACACUUAGGGCUGUACUGCCGACUGUUACUUGAGGAAUAAGUGAAAGCAAAUCCUGACUUAAUGUUGUUGUUUCCCCCUCCUCAGCCCUGGAAAGCUGCUGGUUUCACAGUGCGUGCGGAGGGGUGGCUGAUGCAUUUUUCCAUGCAAGCUGUCCUAAGCCUCCGUCUUUUAAUGUCCUAAGUGUUGUCAGAGCCAAGGGAGUGUGUCCCUUCCUCCUCUGAAUAUUAUUAAUUGAAUAGAACGUUCAUGCCAAGUCAUCUCCAAGUCACUUGUAACAAACUUUGAAUACUUGACGAAACUUUCUUAUCAAAAGAGGGGGAGCGGAAAAAAGAUUCUUGUGUGUUGGUUUACUUGGCACAGCCCUGGGGCAGGUCCUGCCGGUCAUUUAAACCAUGAAUUUCUCCUGCUCCCUGUCAGACGUUGCAGCAUGGUCUUUCCAGGUCCCAUUGCUGGGAGUUGGAGGGUGGUCACUUCUAACAGAUGCCUGUCGGUUACCAAAUCCACCCAUUUAUUAUUCUCUCUUAUUUCCCCUAAAAAGGGGGAGAAGCUCCUUUUCCUUGAUACCCUUCCAGUUCCUGUCUCUCUUCUAAGUCUGCCAGAGAUUCUCUCCCCACUGCAUCCUGCUCCCUACCCAGCUUUCUCCGUUAAACCAGCCCUCACCCCUGCCUGUGGUUGGGCUUCUUACUGUUUCAGUGUUCGUUUCACCAAUGGAAGGAUUUCUCUCUCUAUCCCAUUAGUGAUUUCAGAGAGGGAAGGUUGAAGGGGAUUGUACAAGACACUAACUUCUUUUAAAAGAAGCAGUUUGCUUUUUUAAAACAAAAAAUUAAAUGAUCUAUAUUCUAGAGAACCUCUGACUGGCAUUUCUCAGGAGGAUGCUACAGGCUGGGGCAGACAUCAGACAGGACAUGUCACAGCGAGAAGAUACAGACGCCACCAGCUCAUCUGUACCCAUCACUUUUCUCAAUGCUGGGCACCUUCAAUUAAUUUUUAAAGCCACACGCUACGAGGUUUAAAUAAACUGAUUUAUUUUUUACCAUUAUUAAAACAUUGGGGACUAGCAUUAAAAAACAAACAAACAAACAAAAACCACAAAACAAAAACGGUGCUGAUUCUGGUGUGAUUUUUACUCACCACGUGAAUAUAAACUAUCAAUUGUAUAAAAAGAACAAAGUGAUUUUAGUAUAAAAAUGCAGGAAAAAAAACAAAACCUUUUUUAAAUUGUUAGUAUUGUAGUGUGAAUAAAUUUGUCAUCACCUUUUGUGUGAUGGCUGGGCAGGGCAUUAUCCUCAUUUUUUGGCAUAUAUCUUUAAAUACUGUAAUUAGUGCAGUAACAGUUUUUUUUGUGCAUCUCUUCUAAAACAUUCAUAAUGCCGUCAUGUUUAUUAUUUUUUUUCUGUUAAUGUUUUUGACAAUUUUAAAGGAGCAGUCUUUUGGCUCUGGUCAUUUUCUUGUUCUGUUUUCAAUGAAAUCAAUAAAAA